CAAGAAAAUCUAAAUCCGACGGUUGAAAAACUCCCUACGUAAUCUCUGUUGAACAACAACGGUCCGAUCAACAUAGUAAAAACGAAAAGUAAAUCCAACGGUUAAAAAAACGAAACAAAACAAAAGAUCCGACGAGGAAGAGUAGAACCGUUUGCCCUCUCUCUCUCUAUCUUCCUUAUCUCUCUCCGCCACUCUCCUUCUCUUUCUCCGAACUCUUCGAUGGCCGGUCUACUCAAAACGCCGUCUUUACAUCUCACACCAACUCUUCUUCAUGCUCCUUCUGUACCCUUUAAGCCCUUUUGCGUAUCUUUCGCCGGAGGAAGAAACGUUAGCGUCUCACUCUCUCGCCGAGCUUCUCUCCGGUCUGUCUCUAGCGGCUAUCCUCUCCGCUUACUAAACCUCGUACCCUUUGCUUCGGGAGAAGCUGAGACGACGGAGACGGAGGUGGAAUCGAACGAACCCGAAGUUCAGGAGACGGAUGGUGCUGUUGAUGUCGAGAAUGAAAAUGCCAGUGCUGAGGAGGGUGAAGCUGAGGAAGAAGAAGCAGCUGUUAUCACAGCGUUGCUGAAAUCCUAUAAAGAAGCUUUAGCAGACAACAACGAGGGGAAGAUUGCUGAGAUAGAAGCAUCUUUAAAGUCCAUAGAAGAUGAAAAAUUUCUGCUUGCGGAUAAAGUAGCGUCUUUAUCCAAUGAGUUAUCGGUGGAGAGGGAUCGGCUUAUAAGAAUCAGUGCAGAUUUCGACAACUUCAGGAAGAGGACUGAGAGGGAAAGGCUAAACCUUGUUUCAAAUGCUCAAGGAGAGGUUGUAGAGAAUCUUUUGGCUGUUUUGGAUAAUUUCGAGAGAGCUAAAUCCCAAAUUAAGGUGGAGACUGAGGGAGAAGAGAAAGUCACUAAUAGCUAUCAGAGCAUAUACAAACAGUUUGUAGAAAUUCUGGGAUCACUUGGUGUUAUCCAUGUGGAGACAGUCGGCAAGCAGUUUGAUCCAAUGCUACAUGAGGCAAUAAUGAGAGAAGACUCUGCGGAAUACGAAGAGGGUAUAGUACUAGAAGAAUACAGGAAAGGUUUCUUGCUAGGUGAAAGGCUUUUACGUCCUUCAAUGGUGAAAGUAUCAGCUGGACCUGGACCAGAAAAGCCCCUUGAAGCUGAAGGAGAAGAAGCCACAGCACAAGGAAGCGCAGAAGAAGAAUCAUCUUCAUCUUGAAAUUGAAGAUGAUCAAGACUCAGCAGUUUUGUGUGCGUGUGUGUGAGAGAGAUACAGAGAUAAAAGAGGGAGAGGUCUGUUUUACCAUUAUUGUUGUUAUUGUUAUUGAUACGUUAUAUCAUUUCUACAGAGUCUAGAAGUAAUAUAGAUCGACAUUUUUAAUGAAUUCUUAAGUAUUCAAUCCGAAAGGGAAUGCCAUAAUUGAUUUUUUUUCAUCUCUC